CCAUAACGCCCCUAACUGGAAUCGAAUCAACUGUACCGGGCACAUUUGCCCCAACCCCGAAAUCAAAGAAAGACAAAUCUUUCUGUCCCACGUUUUGUCUCUCUGGAAUCACUAUCUCCGAAUCUUCGAUCUCUCAGUCGCCGGAGAAUCGAGUCCCUCGUUUGAGUUGGUGCUCGUUGACGUCGGUGGCAGGUUCUCUCGUGGUUCGAAUCGGGAUGAGUACUGGCGACCUUCUGAAUAUCGAGCCACAAGAGCUCCAAUUCCCAUUUGAAUUAAGGAAGCAGAUCUCGUGUUCUCUACAGCUGUUGAAUAAGACCGACAAUUAUGUGGCUUUCAAGGUUAAAACGACCAAUCCAAAGAAGUAUUGUGUUAGACCGAACACUGGAAUUGUAUUGCCGAGGUCUGCAUGUGAUGUUGUAGUUACGAUGCAAGCGCAAAAGGAGGCGCCUUCUGAUAUGCAAUGCAAGGACAAAUUCCUGCUUCAGAGUGCAGUGGCAAGUCCUGGAGCCACCGUGAAGGAUAUUACUCCAGAGAUGUUCAAUAAGGAGACAGGGAAUCAGGUUGAAGAGUGCAAAUUGAGGGUUCUUUAUGUUGCUCCGCCUCGGCCGCCAUCGCCUGUACAAGAAGGAUCUGAGGAAGGCUCUUCUCCAAGGGCUUCGGUGUCAGACAAUGGGAAUUUGAAUGCUUCUGAAUAUACGGCUGUUUCACGAUCUCAUGCUGAUAGACUCGAGCCACAAGAUCACUCAUCAGAGGCAAGGGCUCUUAUUUCAAAACUGACUGAGGAGAAAAAUUCUACGAUCCAGCAAAACAGCAAACUUCAGCAAGAGUUGGAGCUCUUGAGGCGUGAAGCAAGCAGAAGCCGUGGUGGUAUCCCAAUUAUGUAUGUUGUUAUUAUUGGGUUGAUUGGCAUCAUCCUGGGUUACCUCUUGAAGAAGGCAUGAUCGGCGGAGUUGCCUUAAAAAUACUUCUCUAAGUUUCCCUUGCAGGGGAAAAUUUAAAUGUAAAAACGACACAGUGAUUGUGUGGCUAAUUAUCUUUUCUUCAUUUGAGUUUGUUAUUGCUCUGUAUUCAAUCUAGUAGAACAUUUUAAUUGCCGACUGCUCGGACCGUGGGGACCUAAUUUUAUUCUCAGGUAUUGCAGCAGAGACUUGCUUUAACUA